AUGACAGUGGAAAUACGCCCCGGUUAUGAGACAUGUCAGAUCCUCAACAAAACAUGCCUUUUAAAUCACCGCAACAUUUCCUAUCUAUCUAUCUAUCUAUCUAUCUAUCUAUCUAUCUAUCUAUCUAUUGAUCUGUCAGUUCAUUAUCUAUCUAUCUAUCUAUCUAUCUAUCUAUUGAUCUCUGUCAGUUCAUUAUCUAUCUAUCUAUCUACAUCAGUCUGUUCAUUAUCUAUUUACCUAUCACUGUCAGUUCAUUAUCUAUCUAUCUAUCUAUCUAUCUAUCUAUCUAUCUAUAUCUAUCUAUCUAUCUAUCUAUCUCAGUCUGUUCAUUAUCUAUCUAUCUAUAUAUCUAAUUUUCUCAGUUCAUUAUCUAUCUAUCUAUCUAUCUAUCUAUCUAUCUAUCUAUCUAUCUAUCUAUGUCGCUUCAUAAUCUAUCUAUCUAUCUCUGUCAGUUCAUUAUCUAUCUAUCUAUCUAUCUAUCUAUCUAUCUAUCUAUCUAUCUAUCUAUCUAUCUAUCUAUCUAUAUCUCAUUCUGUUCAUAUCUAUCUAUCAGUGUAUAUAUUGUAUCACCAGACAAAUGCCUUCUUUUAA